AGUUUUUAACCGUUUAAAAAAACAGUUAGUAGUGAGCAACCCCCUCCCCCUAAAAAAAUGGCCUUGGACGUGGCACGAUGGCAAUAAUAAACGUCCUUCUUUUCUCGUGGCCUUGUAAUGUAUGAUUACACCAACAGUUUUCCACAGAGUACAGACGACGUUGAUUCGUUUCCUUGUGAAGCAACGGAAGUGGUGUCUCUUCGAUGAUAACUGAGCUGCAUCUUUGCUAAGAUUUAAUAAGCUGAAGAUGACGAGUUUGAAACCAAUGGAAUCAGCACUUCUUCUUUUCAUUCGAUGUGUCCUCAGUAUUUACACUUUUAUAACAUGGCCCAUCUACUAUAUAAUUCAAAAACCAUGGAAUGUCAAAGCUAAUCGUAGCAAGUUAAGGGCAGUGUCAUUGACCAGUGGAGAUGAUUUCAUUCUAUACAGAAGUGUUACAGAAAUCAGGGAUGUUCAUGCUAGGUUCCUCCAAGAUAAAAUUGAUACCAUGGAAAAGGUUUUUCGUUUUGCAGUGCGUCAGCAUGGCCAAAAAUCAGCUCUUGGAACAAGAGAAAUUCUGGCUGAAGAGGAUGAAAUGCAACCCAAUGGAAGGGUUUUUAAAAAGUUCUUGUUGGGUCAAUUUCAAUGGCGCACAUUUACUCAAACUGACAGUGAAGCAGAAAGCUUUGGUCGUGGAUUGAGGGAGUUGGGGUUGAAACCAAGAGAAAAUGUAGUGGUGUUUGCUGAGACAAGAGCUGAAUGGUUAAUUUCUGCAAAUGGGUGCAUGAAACAAAAUAUGCCAAUAGUUACACUAUAUGCCACUCUUGGUGAUGAUGCCAUUAUUCAUGGAAUUAAUGAAACAGAAGUUUCUUGUGUUAUUACCUCUCAAGAACUGCUACCUAAGUUCAAGAACAUCUUGCCAUGUACCCCAAAUGUCUCUUUACUGAUUGUCAUGGAAGACCCAUUAAAACCUUUAGAUUCGAAUGGCUAUGGAGACACAGUUGGAGUACUCCCGUACAAAGAAGUUAUUCGACUCGGUGACUUUUCAAGCAAAUCGGGAUUGAUACCAAAGCCUGAUGACACGGCCAUUAUUAUGUACACAAGUGGCUCGACUGGAUCACCAAAGGGAGUAAUCAUGAGUCAUCAAAAUGUUGUAAAUGCUAUGUUGGGGUACACAAGUGUGACCACUUUCUACGAAAACGACGUUUACAUGGCGUACCUUCCGUUGGCUCACGUACUAGAGCUGAUUUCAGAAAGUAUAUGGAUGUUGUAUGGAAUACCAAUUGGAUAUUCGACCCCGCUUACUAUGACAGAUAAAUCGAGUAAAAUCAAACGAGGUAGUCAAGGUGAUGCCUCCGUCCUUCGACCAACCAUCAUCGCUAGCGUACCUCUCGUUCUUGACCGUAUUCAUAAAAGCAUUCAAGAAAAAAUAGAAGGAGGUCCUGCGAUUACUAAAAUGCUUUUCAAUUUGGCUAUGGAGUACAAGAAUGAAUGGACUGACAGAGGAUAUGAAACUCCCAUUAUUAAUUCGACAUUAUUCAAGCCUAUCCGUGCAUUGCUUGGAGGACGCCUUAGGUUCGUUUUGUCCGGUGGUGCACCUCUGGCACCGGAGACGCACAAAUCUUUGAAAACUACAUUAUGCUGUCCCGUCUUACAAGGAUACGGCCUUACAGAAACAUGCGCUGCUACAACUGUCAUGGAUCUCGAUGAUAAUUCUUUGGGUAUGACCGGAGGACCCCUUACUUGUUGUGAUGUCAAGUUAGUUUCCUGGGAAGAGGGAAAUUACAGAAUCAAAGAUUGGCCAAAUCCGCGCGGAGAAAUUCACAUUGGUGGGUCGAAUGUUGCUGUUGGUUACUAUAAACAGCCCGAAAAAACCAAAGAAGAGUUUUACGAUGAGAAUGGAAGGCAUUGGUUCCGUACGGGAGACAUUGGGGAAUUUUCACAGGAAGGAUUUCUCCAAAUUAUUGACCGGAAAAAAGACUUGGUCAAACUACAAUAUGGCGAAUAUGUAUCGUUGGGUAAAGUAGAAUCCGAAUUGAAAAUCAGCCCAUUGGUCGAUAAUAUCUGCAUUUAUGCUGAUCCAACAAAAUUAUUUCCUGUGGCCUUAUUAGUACCAAACCUUGAUCACCUGAAAAACUUAGCCGAAAAAAAUGGGAUUGAAAUGAGCACCCUUGAAGAGCUCUGCAAUCCACAAAUGGAGAAAUUAGUUCUUGUAGAACUUCAGAAACACGGAGCGAAAUGUCGAUUACAAAAAUUUGAAAUUCCCCAAGCUCUCACACUUGUCCCCGAUAUCUGGACGCCUGACUCUGGACAUGUUACUGCAGCAUUCAAAUUAAGGCGAAAAGUCGUCCAAGAUCGAUAUAAAGCAGCCAUCGAUCGAAUGUACUCGUAACUUUAAUACCCUAAAGUUGUUUUGUUAGAAUCUGUGAUGAUGUUCAGUGUUAUUGUAGUAUCUCUUUGGAUUUGGGACAUGUACAUUGUUAAAUCUCUUUAAUUUUGUUCUUCGUGCUAAAUCCCAUUCCGUUAUGGAAUACACCGUUACUGAACACUU